GCAUUGACGGGGAAGGGGGCGCCACCAAAUUGCACGACCUCACCAUGGACAUGUUCCAAAUCUCUGCGCGGCUUUGGCUCUCAGAGAGCGAGGCCCAGUGUCCAGCAGAAGAAGCUGAGGAAAACAACGCUGCAAUCUUACAACGUGCUGCUGCCACCAUUGACCAUCGUCUCGCAAAGGAGGCGGCGCGAACAUCCAGAUCCAAGCUGGAACAGCAAACGCACGAGCAAGCCCCCGGCGGCAUGAUCCCAAUGGCGCCGGCCGUACAAGAAAGACUGCCUCUUUCGGCCGCGCGCCUCCGACAAUGGCUUGGAAGUGAGCACGUGAGCAAGGGCACGAACUCCCAACAGCAUCGCUUCCUGACAUUAGUGGUUGAGAGGAUUCUUGUUGAGUGCGCCUUGGUCGACCCAGGGGAAACGACACUGCAAUCGGCAGAGCCGCUGGUUUAUCUCUUACACGGGCCGCCUGGAACUGGAAAAUCGUUUGUCUUAUCAUAUUUACACGAGUUAUUCAAGUUGGUGGGAUAUCAACAAGGCAUUGAAUAUGAAGUGGUCGCCUUCCAAGCUGUCAACGCCGCUGAUUUACGUGGCAAAACCAUUCACCACGCCUUCGGAUUUAGCAUUGGCGUAGCAGAGGCGGACUAA